CACCCACGCGAACGAUGACUCGCCGCAAAACGUGGCAGAAGGUCUACUCGAUCCAACUGGUAUUUCCCUACCUAGGGCAAUGCGAAUCGGUUCGAGUCAACCGACGGACUGGUCCCCCAGACUGUUCUAUUUCUGUAUAGCUCUGUCUCCAAUCUUAUUAUAGUAACUGCAUUCACAUUCCGCGUUGUAUACAAGUCUUUCCACAUCGGAUUGGACGGCAAAGGUCCGGUACCAGUUCUCUCCAGCAGCAGCGACGGACCUUGGGACCCACGGGUUUGCAACAUGGAAUCACGCCCCCUGUCCGCGGAAUAAGGCGAUAGUCGGUUUUAUUUUUGAGUGUCUUGUGAUUGUGAAAUAGUUCAAGUUCUAUAUUCAAAAAAACUACUGAAAAGGUCGAGAGAGGGGAGCCGAGGAGAUCCGGAAGGAUAAAUCUUCAAGUCAGAGUCAGAGGAUGGAUACCACGAUGAACAACGUGAGCUGCCUGCUUGUCUGCUGCCUCUUCGCCACUUUCUACGACACCGGCAUGGCCCUGCAGUCCUUCAGGCCACACAUCGUCGUCAUUAUGGCCGAUGAUCUGGGCUGGAAUGAUGUCGGUUUUCACGGAUCAGACCAGAUCCCGACCCCGAAUCUUGACGCUUUGGCCUACAACGGCAUCAUCCUCAACAACCAUUACGUCCAGCCCGUCUGCACACCGUCCAGGUCUGCUUUCCUCUGCGGGCGAUACCCCAUUCACAUCGGUAUGCAGGGGGGGCCGUUGAUGGUGGCACAGCCUGACGGGUUGCCACUGCACCUCAAGCUUCUGCCGGACUAUCUCCGCGACCUCGGCUACAAGACGCACUUGGUCGGCAAGUGGCAUCUCGGCUUCUACAGAAAGGACUACCUUCCGACACGAAGGGGUUUCGAUUCGUUUUUCGGCUUCUACGGUGGAUACAUCGGCUACUACGACUACAUGAGUACAUUUGAGGUAGAUGGGAAUCAGUAUUACGGGCUAGAUCUGAGGAAGAACGACACACCGGUUUGGGACUAUGUCGGCAGGUAUUCGACGGAAGUGUUUUCAUCCGAGGCGGUCCGCGUGGUCAAGUCGCAUCCAGUGAGCGAACCGCUAUUCCUUUUCAUGGCGCACAGUGCGCCUCACGGAUCUCACAAGGGGCGCUUCUUAGAAGCACCACAAGCGAGGGUCAACUCACUCAAGUACAUACUGGACCCAAACAGAAGGACAUAUGCUGCGAUGGUGAGCAAAAUGGACGACGCGGUCGGCGAACUUGUCGAAGCCUUGAAAGAUAAAAACAUGCUGGACAAUACGAUCAUACUAUUCUUGGCAGAUAACGGGGCUCCGUCUUCUUCAAAGGCCAUAUUCCCGAAUUGGGGCUCGAAUUUACCGUUUAGAGGGGCAAAAGAGACGCUUUGGGAAGGCGGCGUGAAGAGCAGCAGCUUCAUAUGGUCCCAGCAGCUACAGCAGAAUCCGAGGGUGUCGAACCAGUUGAUUCACGUCACCGACUGGGUACCGACGCUAUACACAGCUGCAGGCGGAGACAAAUUACAUUUACCCAGCAACCUCGACGGUAUUGACCAAUGGUACUCUCUGGUCUGGAACUUGCCGUCGAGGAGAACCCAGGCAUUGCUCAACAUCAACGAAAAGGACAGGAAUGCGGCCAUCGUCACCACGUUCGACACUGUCGAUGUUUCUAAACGGACCUGGAAAUUGGUCGUAGGGACAUUCGCGGACGGUAUUUUCGACGGGUUCCUGAACGACGUGCGGUCUCCACUGACGCCUCCGUACGAAUAUAAAAAAAUAUUCAACAGCAAGUCUUUCAAAGCGUUGUCGACCCUGUAUACACCGACUUCUGGAGAGGGUCAAAUGAGGAUACUGCGAGACGAGGCGACUGUGCGGUGUGCAGAACAUCCGACGGACGAUCUCUACGCCCCCGACUGCAGCUUCCACCCUUGCCUCUUCAACCUGGACCGGGAUCCCUGCGAGAAAGUCGACCUCGCCCCGAACAACACCGCGAUCGUUGAACGGCUGUACAACACGCUGAAAUUGUACCGGCGGAGUCUUGUGCCACAGGCGAACCACCCGCUCGACAUCGCCGGUUGGGACUCGUCCAAGUUCAACAACACAGUCAGCCCAUGGGUUUUCUGAACUCAGCCUUUAAAUCAAAUCGGUUACUAUCGUCGUCAGACACUUUAAGACUGCCAAUAUUAAAUGAAUUUAUUCAAUUUUACUUUUUUCUAAGCCUUUUUAGUCGAUAACGGGCUACUUUACUCCCGGCUCUUUUUACUCGGGCCAUUUGCAAUGGUUACUAUAGUAAUAACAAAAACUGUAAAACCCUGCGUUCUACCAGUUUUUUAAUGUUUAUGCAGGGUUCGAGAAUUUUACAUUCUGAAUGAUACGAACAGCAUAAAAGCCCAAAGUUCGGAAUCAUACUUAUCAACAUUUAAAAAAUAAAAAUUAACUAACCAUAAGAAAAAUAAAGACAAUAAACAAUUUUUGAAAGCAGGAAAUUUAAAAAAACAGUACAAAUUUGUUAUCACUAAUUUUAAAUUUGGAUACUCCUAGUCUUCCUGUUACUUGAAUUUUAUUUGUUCAAUGUGUUUAUUUGUAAUAUCAACGAUGAUUACAACUUGUGAAAGAAACAUAUUCUGUCAUAUUGUCAUUACAAACGAGUUUAUUAUUUUUUAAAGAAUUUUUCUUUCUGAAAAUUUUCUUUAAUAACAAAUCAAAGGCAAUAAUUAAGACGAUUUUAUAGAGUCGUGUGACGAUCAACUGUUUUAUUUCUAGCAUAUAACAAAAUUAGAAUGUUUUGUCAUAUUUUAAAUUAGCUAGAAUCCAUGAAAAAUGGUUUAACGCACAGUGUCGAAACAGUUCAUAAACGACUGAUGAAGGAGGGAGAUUAGGUACUGAAUUAUUUGCUAAAAUACAAAAAGGAAGCUAAUCGUUAUCAGUACUAUUAUGUUUUUAUACAGUAUUCUAAUUUUGAUUAGUUCGGUAAACUUAGAAAACAUUUACCAACCCUUUGGCGUUUAUUGGCAGAUUAAAGAAACCAGCUACCAAUCAAAUAUUUAUAUUCUCCAAAACUCUUUUUGGAGUAUAUAACGACAAGAUACAUUUUUGUCUAAUGAAACAAUUAUAUUCGCUUUGGAAAAAUUAUGAACACAAAAAUAAAUAUUAAAAUUUUAUUUCAAAAAUACAGUGCAUUGAACGAAAAAGGGUUAAAACUAAUGUAAUCCAUAAUUUUUUCUAGAUUUAAUAUUAUAAUCUUGACUGUAAUGUUAUAUUCUUUAAUAUUUUAUACCAGUAAAAUCGAUGUUACCUUAUCAUUUAUUAAUUUUGUUUUGUAAGGCUUAUUGAUUAUUUGUAGUGUGGUUAUUUAAGAAACAAUACAAGGAAGAAUAUUUAAAGUUCAAUAAUAAUAAUAGACUUUUGUACUAAAAGCUUCAAUGGGAAUUUGCCCCGUUUUUGUUCGAUUUAACUGUUGACUUCUAUCGUUGACUUAGGCUCGAACUGAAACUAUCGGCUGAAAAAUUCAACUGCACUGGAACUGGAUCGAUCAAGCUGUCUAGAAUGGUAAUUUUAGCCCGAACGAACGCGCACUGUCGGUAUGUGAAAAAUGCGUCGGAGCCGGCAUGUUUUCUCUUAGAAAGGCCGAUGAUGAGGGAAAUACCGGCUGGAGUUCCUGGAUGAGCAAGUAUUGAAAUUAAAACAAUCAAAAGGCCCGCGAGGAAAAGCUUUUCCAGGAAAACGUUCACCUUUCUAAUCUUAAUUUUCACGGGGGGUACAGUGCAAAUGAAAACUCGACGCCCUGGCGGGUAUACGGUUUUCAAAAUAAUUCCAUAUAUAAGAGUGACUUCUAUAAAAUCCUUCUUUUGAGUUUUAUUUUUGUUAUUAUGAGUUUAUUUAACUUGAAUUAAUGUAUUAAAUUUUUACCGUUUAGAUUCGUGACCAAUUUGUUUUGAUAUGUUUAGAAUUUAAUAGAAUUUUCAGUGAUUUUGUUUGUUUUCCCAGCGUGCUAUUCGAGUCGGAUUAAUAUUUUGAACAUAAACAUAAUUCAAAGAUCCCCAUGUUUUCUUUUUCAGUGUAUUAUUUAUAUGAUUGUAUAACAUUUUUUGUUCAAUCUUGUACAUAUGUGUAUAUAGGUGAAAUGUAUGUUGUAAAAUAAAGUUCAAAAUGGUGAAAGAU